CCAACUGGGCAGAGGGAUCCUCCUCAGAUCAUCACCGGCUGAGUGUCUCUGGGUUUAACUGCUUCUUUCUGCUCGCUCAUGAUUAGCUGAAGCCUUGGCUGGACUGGAAGCUCAUGGGGAACAUCUGCCUUCGUAUGCACCCUAAAAGACCAGUCAGUGUUCCAGCUACCUGCAGUUCUACAGGCGGGCGAGCAGAAGACAGCAUCACAGACGCCAGUCCAAAGUCCCAGGAGGGAUGCAGGAGCAUUUCGUCCCUUCUGGUCCAGCGGGGCAGGCAGUUUCCCAACAGGCAGAAGGAUCGGGGAAGACUCGGCAGAUGCUGCGGAGGAUGCGAAGUUUGUGCUGGUUGCUGCUGCCGCUGGUUGCGGGAAUCCAUCCAGAAUGCAAGAUAUUCCAGCAGGUGGUGAAAGAGGAGGCACUCUGCUUAGAAAAGAAUGAAUCUGUUUCAGCUGAUCUUAAAGGAUGUGCCAGAGAUUGGGAUGGUCUAACCUGCUGGCCCAGAGCUGCUUCUGGGGAAGUGGUUCAAGUUCCCUGUCCAACAUUUUUUGAAGAAAUCACCAACAUCCAUGGCUUCCUUCUGAGAAACUGUACAGAGGAGGGAUACUGGUCAGAACCAUUCCCACCCUACACUGUUGCUUGUGGAUUUGAUGAAAGUUCCAGUAAAGGGCCUGAGGAGCAGAAAUCAUAUUAUUCUGCAUUUUGGAGUGUCUACACUGCUGGCUAUGCAGCAUCUGUGGCUUCACUCAUUACAGCUCUAAUUGUCUUUGCUGCCUUCAGGAAAUUCCACUGUACACGGAACUACAUCCACAUGCACCUCUUUGUCUCCUUUAUCCUGAGAGCAGUUGCUGUUUUCACCAAAGAUGCUGUUUUGUUUGCAGACGAAACUAUGGACCAUUGCCUAAUGUCAACGGUUGCUUGUAAGGCUGCUGUGGCAUUCUUCCAGUUCAGCAUUUUAGCAAAUUUCUUCUGGCUUCUUAUAGAAGGGAUAUACCUGCAAACACUGCUUCUGCUGACCUUUGUCUCAGACAAGCAGUAUGUAUGGUGGUUCAUAGUUACUGGCUGGGGAGCUCCCACUGCUGUGAUAUUUACUUGGGUCCUAACCAGAAUCCACCAACAAAAUACAGGGUGUUGGGAUGAUGAUGAAAAUGGAGUGGUGUUAUGGAUCAUCAAAGGUCCCAUUCUGCUAACUGUAUUAAUUAACUUCAUUAUAUUUAUUAAUGUGAUCAGGAUUCUAGUCCAUAAAUUGAAGACUCAAGAGGGAGGAUGGAGCCAUUCAAGCCACUUUGUGAGACUUGCUAAAUCCACCCUGCUCUUAAUCCCCCUCUUUGGAGUGCACUACGUUGUGUUUGCGUUUUUCCCAGAAAGCACUGGUCUGGAAGCUCGCCUUUAUAUUGAGCUGGGCUUGGGUUCUUUCCAGGGUUUCGUUGUAGCUCUCCUGUAUUGCUUCUCAAACGCAGAGGUUCAAAGCGAGCUGAAGAAACAGCUGUGCAAAUGGCAGUAUCAAGAAUACCUGAACUUCAUACACAAACACAGGGCUUUGUCCAGAGAAAACAGUCCAGUCAACUAUGUCACUCAGUUGUCAUUGCUUGAAAAAAUCAGUCCAACAAGAAAAACAUCUGUGUGCCAGAAUGGUGUCACCUCUGUCUGAGCUCUUCUGUGAGGAGGAGUUGCUGUGAGAUCCUAACACACUACCUAAGAGCUGGCCAGCUUGGAGCUUUUACACUUUUCUAUAGCAUUAAGAGCCUUCUGUGAAUUUGUUGUUAUGAAUGUGAGCUGCUUUUCCUCACUGGGUCACAUCAGUAUUUCAACCCAAGUUCUCUCUUCCCUUAAGCAUAUGAAUUCCACUUGUUUUGUCUUGAGAAUCCAGAUUUUGAGCUUGUGUAAAUCAAUAGGUUAGCAUCCCCCAGAAAAUGCUAACUUCUGCCAGGUUCAUCAUGUUUGUCAUAUCUGUUUGUGC